GCUGCGAGAGCGCGCAGACCUCAAUCCGCGAUGUUGAAUCACAUGCAAACAACGGGACUGUUAAGGAUGUUCGGGGUCGCGGAUGUUGGACUUGACGCUGUUUUGCUCAAAAUGCAAGAUUUGGUGAAAACACUGCGUUCUUUUCCACAAGAAUUGAAUGAUGAUGAGAACGAUUACAACUGGAGGUGGAUGAAGGCUUGCUGAUGACCUCACCGGGCAGACAUGUGAUCUCUGAAACUGCAGAGCUUUGGUUACACUGGGGAAUUGAAUUACUGUUACCUGUUGAGCACGGAGGCAAAAACUAUGUCAAAUCUAAUCUAUCGAGUCAAAGGGCUCAUCCCUUCCCCAGAGUGGCGCGGCCGAGAGAAGCAUCUCUUUCAUCAUUUAGCAGAAGAUAAAAUGAUUCUGCGGCAGGGUAGCCUGGAGGCAUGUUAACCUGCGGUUGUGAUGGCGCCAUCUCUCCGCAAUAUGACUUGAAUGACACAUUCAGGGAUGGAUAUCAGGAACAGAACAACAGCCUUCGACAGCGGCUCUUCGGACGAGGCUUCCUCAAGUCAAGUCCUGACGGGUUGUUUCCUCUCGCUCCUCAUCCUCACCACACUGUUGGGCAACACGCUGGUCUGCGCAGCCGUUAUCAAGUUCCGCCACUUGCGCACCAAAGUCACCAACUUUUUUGUCAUCUCGCUGGCUGUGUCAGACCUCUUGGUGGCCAUUUUGGUGAUGCCUUGGAAGGCGGUGAGCGAGAUCGCCGGUUUCUGGCCAUUCGGUUGCUUCUGCGACACCUGGGUGGCCUUCGACAUCAUGUGCUCUACAGCUUCCAUUCUCAACCUCUGCGUGAUCAGCCUGGACCGCUACUGGGCUAUCUCCAGCCCCUUUCGCUACGAGCGCAAAAUGACACCCAAGGUGGCGUUUGUGAUGAUUAGCGCGGCGUGGACGCUGUCCGUCCUCAUUUCCUUCAUUCCAGUGCAGCUCAACUGGCACAAGGCUCAAACGACAUCUUUCAGCUCACUCUCUUCUACGGCCUCCACCUUUCUGAGAUCGAACGUGACAUCAGAGAACUGUGACUCCAGCCUGAACAGGACCUACGCUAUCUCCACCUCGUUCAUUAGCUUCUACAUCCCCGUCGCCAUCAUGCUGGUCACCUACACCCAAAUCUACCGCAUUGCGCAAAGGCAAAUCAGGAGGAUCUCCGCCUUGGAGCGAGCGGCCGAGAGCGCCAAGAACAGGCACGACAGCAUGGGCGGAGGCUCUAGCAUCGCCGAUUCGGAGAGCUCGUUCAAGAUGACCUUCAAGAGGGAGACCAAAGUACUGAAGACGCUUUCCGUGAUCAUGGGCGUGUUCGUGUGCUGCUGGCUCCCGUUUUUCGUGCUCAACUGCAUGGUGCCCUUCUGCGAGCAGUCGAGUGGGGGGAAGGCUUUCCCCUGCAUCAGCCCCACCACCUUUGACGUGUUCGUGUGGUUCGGCUGGGCUAAUUCCUCCCUCAACCCCAUCAUCUAUGCCUUCAAUGCAGAUUUUCGCAAGGCCUUCUCCAUCCUGCUGGGCUGCCACAAACAAUUUCCAGGAGGCCACAACAUCGAGACAGUUAGUCUAAACAAAAAAUGACUCACGCCUCGCUCAGAGGACUGACUCAUCCGCAGAGGGGUCCAAGCGUCCCCCCAUUAAUGCCAGUCGGAUUGCCUUCGAACAGAGAUGCUGCUCUGUGUGUGUUAGUGACUUCAAGGCGUUGACCCUGCGUGGAUCCUCAUGGUUGGACUGGGCAAGUGGCCCGACUCCGGGCAAACUGUCAGAGUGAGCAUGCUGACUUCAUGUCUUUGCAUGGCAAGAGAGCCCAGAUGAGAGGAGGGGAUUUGGGGAUUGAGAUUACGACUCUUUGCUGUUAUGCCAGGGAGCGCUGCGGUACUGAGAGGCCCGUGGAAUAGAUAAUCCCAUGACUGGGCAGCGUACGCCAGACACUGCUCGCUUCAGUAGCAUCGCACCAUACUCAGCAUACAGCAGCAUGUCCACCACGCCAGAGAGAUACCGUAGAUUAAAAAAGUAUGUCACCAAUCUGCUUUUACACUGGAAAAUGUUGAUAAAAUACAAUUUACCAUUUAAUCACUGAUUGUUAUUAUGUUAGAAGGCUCUUUCAGACCCGCAACCUGAAUUUCAUUCUGAAGUUGUCAGUGCAUCAAAACAUUCAGGUUGUGUCUUAUUGUUCUCACCCCAAAAUAUAAUUUUUCAGAUCCAUUUUCAACUUUAUCAUGUCUGCCCUCUUUGUUUGAAUUGGUUUUACAAAAAAGGGGCUCACAUUGCCGCAUAUGUUAGGGAAAAGGCAAAGACAACCUUUGCGCUACUUUUAUGCUUGUCUAUGAGAUCAUAGAGAAUUGCAUUUCAAACGUUUAUGUCUGGCGGCCCGGUUAGCGCGUCGACCUCACAGUGCAGAGGUCGUGGGUUCGAUCCCGGCCGGCUCCG